AUGACCAGCAGACAUGCAGCGAAGAAUGCGGUUAUGGGGAUUGCGAAGGAAUACGGGUUCAUCCAGCCUAGCUCCCUUGACGAAAUUGGACGCUUCAAUCCAAAGCUUCGGCGCGAGAUCGAAGAGAGCAUGUUAGCUAAGGACAAGAAAAUUGGGCAUUCCAUCCAAACACUCGCCAAAAAUAUCUACAGCAGCAACGCUCGUUUCGUCUUCGAGCUCCUUCAGAACGCGGAUGAUAAUCGGUUUACGAGAGCCACUGCGAGAAAUAGACUCCCUUUUCUUGCUUUCAAGGUGUAUCCUGACAGAAUUGUCCUCGAGUGCAACGAGGAUGGAUUUACCAAGGAGAAUUUGUCAGCUAUCUGCUCGGUUGGGGAGAGCACCAAAGCGGCAUCGCACGGCUACAUUGGAGCAAAGGGAAUCGGAUUCAAAUCGGUUUUCAUCGCAGCUUGGAAAGUGGAUAUUCAAUCUGGUAACUACUCUUUUUAUUUCAAGCACGAGAAGGGUGAUCCUGGUCUUGGAAUGGUGUUACCCGUGUGGCAAGAUUCCGAUGAGGUGUUGCCAGAUCCUUUGACUCGCAUAACCCUUCACCUUCACCAGAACGGGGAGGCAGAAGAUAUCGAACAUCUCCACAGAACGAUAUUCAAGCAACUCGAUGACUUGGAGCAGACCUGCCUUCUCUUUCUGAGGAAUUUGAAGGCAAUACAGGUGUCAUUCUAUGAUGGAGAUGAUAAACUGCAAAGCUCCAAAAAGUUCUACUUGGAGAACAACUUCCCGAGUGAUGUUUUUCUCAAGACCGAGUCAAUUGAUGAGAACGAAAAUAUUUCUGUCGAGAGAAAAGGCUAUUGUGUCACUCGUUACAUGGCAACUGGUCUUCCUAAAAGCGACAGUCGUGAACUCCCAGACACUGUUGAAGCUAGGAGAAUUUCUUCAGAAGCUGAAAUCGUGCUGGCUUUCCCCCUAACGCAUGAUAGACAGCCGCUUCUCGAACAGCAAUCAGUUUUUGCUUUUUUACCUUUUUUGAUACAAUCCGACUUUGACACGACUGCAAGCCGUCAGGAUAUCUCCUCAACAUCAAGACGAAACAUCGAGCUGAAGAAACACAUUGCCUUGGCAUUUGUGCAGGCGAUCAGGGGGCUCUUGCAUGACUCUGACCUAGGCUUUACGUGGCCAAUGUAUCUUCCGUCUGCCGACGACGCAUCUGGUACUUUUUGGGCCGAUCUUCACUCGAAGAUUGCGAGCAGUUUAGAGAAACAGUCUGUUCUAAAGACUCGACAUAGCUAUCUUCGGAAGAUAAAAGAUGUGCGGAUUCUAGCCUCAGAUUUUAUGGAUAGCGACGGAAAUCCCCUGCUGGACGACUCAAGUAUCGACCCUUUCCUCUCCAGUCAUUACAAGUAUGUAUCUAAGGACGCCCUUCGUCCUUAUGGUCUGCAAGCCAUGGACUAUAAUCUGCUUUUCCGCAUAUUGCACAAAGAUCUUGAAAGUUCUGCUUCCCGGAUUCAAUCGACGUUCACGAGUGAGGAUAACCACAGCCGCAUCGCAAAGCUCCUAUCUCGAAUUGCGGAAACAAAAAAAAGUCGUCUAGAAUCAUUGGCUCUCCUUCCUCUACGAAGCGGCCCUUGGGUUGCGGCAAACUCCGGCUCUGUUUUUUUCCCGACCAUAAACGGCAUUUCCAUCCCUCCAGGGCUAGAUCUUCGGGUUUUGGAUGCAACUGCAGCAGCGAAUGAGUGUCGCAGAUCCCUUUUUGUUCAAUUGGGAGUCAUUAGUCCAUCGGCCCCACAAGUGCGAUACUCAAUCCUAAGGAAGAGUUGCUCCGCUGCUGCGCAUCCGAGCCUAGACGAAUCGAGGGCGUACUUGCGCUUCUUGUACCUGACCCACCAGUUCAAGCAGAGCAAAGAUGAGCUGAGAGACAUGUGCAUCUACUCGCAUUCUGGCGCUCCAGUAUGGCCAUACCAAGGAGACUGCUAUCUUCCAUCAAACCAUCCCUACGGGCCAGAAGCCCUCCUUAGGGCGACGGAUAACUUGCCAGGCUUCAGCGUAUCUUUUAUUCACCCGACAUACUUCGAGGAAAUCCCAGCAGCGCCACACGCAGGUCAUCUCUCUUGGGGUAAAUGGCUACAAGACAAUCUCGGACUAAGGAACAAACUGAGACUCAUCGCCAGAGACGGAAGAAGUCUCUCCCUUGCCUGGGAGUAUGUGGCUAGAUUCCAACCAGAGAAGCUCCUUGGACUCCUACGACACCUUUGGAGCUCUGAAGGAGAAACUAUAAGCAAAGACGAUGCAUUGAAACAGCUUAUUCGAGAAACGGACGCACAGCGGCUCUGUCUUACCGAACUUCAAGGACAAUGCCAGCUCGAUCAGACAUACCUCCCAUUACCCAACCUUCUUGAGCAAUGUUCGCGGUUUUUGAAAUCAAAUGAGAGUCUUCCAUUCUUGGAUCUCGGGAGAACGUUGUCUGUGAAGCAGCUAAGUUCAAAAUGGAUUUUCCUUCACACAGAACUUGGUGUCAGAAAAGAUGAAGAUGUUGAUUUUUUACUCGACAUCCUGAGAUGGCUCAAAGAGACGGACCCUUCCGCCUCUUCCGUUGAAGACUAUGGGCGCAUCUGCAGGCUUUACGGUGCCAUCAAUGCCAAAUAUCUUGGUGCUGAAAGCCAGCUGGUUAUGGGGAACUGCAUAAAGACCUUUUUUGAGAACGGAAGAUACAUUUAUGUUUACAAGCUUGAUGAGGACGAGGACGAGGACGAGGACGAUGAGGAGGACGAGGAUGAUGACGAUGACGAGGACGAUGACGAUGAUGAGGACGAUGACGAGGACGAUAUCGCCGUCUGGUCUAGUCCCGAGCAUUGUCUAUGGGAAGGGCCGCCAGACAUGAUUACCAAAUAUCCACUUCAGCAUCUCUAUGAACAAUUUAUUCCUAGAGAUCAGCUGUUUCAGCUUUCAACCUUUUUCAAGCAAGUUUUAGACAUCGCGGCAGCUUCUUGGCCUGAUGUGACAUAUGAACUGGCAGCUCGAAGGGAUCAUGAUUUGCAGGAAUUCACUCCUAUUUUUGAUCUUUACAAGUAUCUCGAUGACAUGAAGGAUCUUGACUUUGUUGAUGAUAUACGGCACGCAUUUGAAUCCGAGCCCUUGAUUUUUGUGACUAGGGAAGGCCAGUCUGGUUGGUACCGAGCAACUGAAUGCUUGUGGUCAAGCACUACAGAGAUACGUGGAAAGGUCACGCUCAAUGACCAUUAUGAGGACCUCAAAGAUUUCUUCAUUGGCACUUUGGGGGUCAAAACGCUAACCCUUCAGAUGGUCUAUGACGACCUGUUGGAGACAAGUGCAAACGCAACAAUCCACGAUACAAAAUCCAAAAUCUGGUCUCUCAAUGCACUUCUCGAAGCAGGGGAGGAUUAUUUUAAUCUUGAUCCGACACCAUUGUUGAAAUCCCCUAUUUUCCCCGUUGUCUACCCCGAUGGCACAAAGGCUCUGAGAUCAGAGGAUAUCCAGUUCGCCAUUACGGAUCGAGAGUACUUGGCAUCACGAUUUCGAGGGAAAAUCAAGAUUCUUGACUUCAGCCAAGAAGAAGUCCGCCAGCUGAAGACCUUUUUCGAGUGGGCCGGUCUCUCGCACCGCUACUUUUCUGUUGCCGUUAAGGAACUGACAUCGCUCUCGGGCGAGACAACACGGCUCCAUGUAUGGCCCAAUCGAGACUUGAAACGAAAAGCACAUUCUAUCCUCCGCAUUGCGGGCGCAUUCAACAGCCCUAGAUAUCAAGCCGACCCCCUAGUGCUUUACAAGUUACUCCAGACUGCUAGUGUCGAAGCGACAGAUGGUAUUGUCUCGAUCCUGCGGAUCUCUCAAGACGGCAAAGUGGCCGAUGUGGAAGAGUUGAUUGGGAAAUUACACAUCAGCGAAGAAGGGUCUCGCCUGUCUGUCUACGUCCCCAGAGACAGGAAAGCGCAGGAGCUUUGCUUUUGCGAUCUUCUGCCCAGGCAGCUUGUCGACUGGCUCAUGCGGGACCCCACAACACAAAUACUCAAUAAGGUCGAAAUUCGUGCAAUCAAUGUGAUGUCCAUGAUCCUGAACAUCCAUCCAUCCGCUACCGAUCUGAUUCUGGAACGUCAGGGUAUCAUCGAAGUUGAUAUACCGAACGAAGAUUCCGAUGUCGACCCCGAAAUACCUCUCGAAAGCUCACAGAGUCCUCGUACAACAACCAGUGAAGAUCUCACACACUCAAGGGACGUUGGCACACCAUUUUCUAGUCGGCAUUCCAUAUCCCAGAGGAAUACUCCAGAGCAAGUAAACAUUCGCCAAAACGCAAUGACACCCCAUUCUCCGACCCCUAGUCACAGUCGCCCAACACUCAUGUACUCACCCAAUGUUUAUUCGUCCGAAGACAGCAUUCCGUAUCGGAGACUUCUCGAUAACGUGCUAGUGGCCGCACGAAGAGCCAUGUUUCCCUCAAGUGGGGCGUUCAAUAUGAGCGAGCUAAAUGAAGCUCUACCAGCACAGGAAGGCCGCCACCAAUUCGACGGCUUCGAUGGUAUUGGAGUAAGGGAUGCAUUCCGCUCUGAUAGCCAGAUUGAAAGAGACCGUAAGAUCGGGGCUGCGGGAGAGCUAUAUGUAUUCGAGCUUCUCACUAGACUGAACCCACCUUUAACGGACUGGAGUGAGCGAAACUGGCAGAGCACAAUUCGCCGAUAUGUCUCGGUUCAUCCGGACUACGCCGACAUGGAGCCUUGGUACGGGAGGGAAACGGCCGACAUUACUUAUGAAGAUAGAGCAGGUGAAUUUACAGCCUUGCUUAUUGAUCGUGGGUACCUUGACGCCGAGGAAUGGGCGGACAAGCGUCCGAAAUAUUUCAUUGAAGUCAAGGCAACGACAGGGCCUUUGGAUCACCCCUUCUUCAUGAGCAGGCAUCAGUAUAAGAGAGUGAGUGCACUGAUCAUUACCAACGGCACAUAA